UUGGCAGCUGUUUUAGCAGUUGCGAGUGGGCCUGCGUGCGGGGCGUGGCCGGCCGGUGGCAGCCUCGCGAUGGACGGGAGAUUCGACGAUGCUUUGAUCGGACUGGCCGAGAAGCAUAAAGGCAUCGAGGAUAUCCUGUACACUGUGAUGAGCUUCUACGAGCGCCACACGGAUUUGUUCCACACUCAGGAGGGCGACGACCAGAAGGGCUGGCCAGAAGGAAAGGCCGAGGAGACCUUCCGCAAGCAGUUCAAUUUCUUCCAGGGAAGAUAUCUCUCCAGGGCGCAGCCGCACCUGCUGGCCCCGAGGCGGGGCGGCUCUGGCGAUGGAGGACAGCUCGAGAGGACGCAGGACCCUUCCGAGGGCCACACCGCCACAGGAUCAGUGUCUUCGACGGCAUCAGCAGUUCCAGGUGGCGCGGCGGCCUCUGCCGCCGGCGCCCGCGUGGAGGAUGCCGCUGCGGCGGGCACAGGGCCCCCGGUUGCCGCCACAGGCC